UGCUGCACACCCUCCCGUUCUGCACCGCACUCCUAUUUGACACUCACAUUUUCUGGGUAGCCCAACGAUCGACAACUCUCUGCUGUUGUGUUUCCUCGCCGUCUGUUGUUCCAAGAAUAGGGAAUUGCAUACGCCUGGUUACCCUCCGCUGCGAACUGCAUCAACAACAACCACAACAACAAGCCCUCUGCGACUAUCAUGUCCGCUGCCACCGCAAAGAAACCGCCCGCUGCGGGCGUCGGUCGCGUGUCUUCGACAGAUUCCGCGUCGUCGCCUUCUGUAUCUCCCGCGAGAACACCCACGCGGUCCUCCACGCCCACCGCUGCUUCUGCUGCGCGUAGAGCGCCGGCUCGAUCAGGGACACCUGUGUCCGCCCGGGCAGCUGCUGCCAGAAGAGAUUCCGUCCUGAGUAACGGCAACGGCAACGGCAACGCCGAAGCCGAGGAGGCUGCGAGGGCCGAGACCGUUGCGCUGUUGGAUGACCUCAAGGAGCGACUCUCCAAGGCCGAGAUCUCUUCCGACCAAUAUAGGAAACAGGCUGAAGUGCUGCAGACGAGACUUGACGAUGCGAUUAAGGAAUCCUCCAAACUGGAGGAGAGGGUGCACGAGGCAGAAGAGCAGAUUGAGACACUGCAAAACGAGAAGAGGGACGCCGCCAAGAAGAUGCGCGAGAUGGAGGCGAUUUACGAGGCCGAGCGGAGCUCAAUGACCAAGGAGAAGGAAGAGAUGUCCAACAGAGAGGAGGAGAUGCAGACCAUCAUCCAGAGACUGAAGGACACCCUGUCGCAACGGGCCAACGACGAAGACGGUCGUCCGUCACGGCAAUCCGCAGCAUCGUCACCUAACGUCGACAACGGCAGCUUCGCUCCUCCUUCGUCUCUGAACCGCAGCGACUCCCGGAACAACUCCAAGAUCUUGCUGCAAAAAGACAAGCUGAUUGAGUCGUUGAGACUGGAACUCGCCGAGGCCCAGAUCAAGCUGGUGGAGUCCGAGAAUCAGGGCGGCGGCAGGCUGCAGGAGGUGGAACGCCUUCUGAUGGAAGCCCGCAUGGCCAACGCCCGUCUGAUGGAAGACAACGAAAGCUACCAGCUGCUUCUCCAGGAGAAGACUCUCAACGGCGAUUUCUCCAAGAAUGAUUUCAGCUAUAUGGGGGUGUCCGCCAACCAGGAUGCGCUCAACGCUCUCGAGGGCCGGUCUGGCGGCGCGAGCCUGGCGGACGAGCUGUCCGAGGAUGCAUCCGACGCUGGCAACGACAACGAAGUGGUCCGCCGCCUCGAGUCAGAGCUCAAGUCCAUGAAAGAUCAGAACAAGGCGCUUACGCUCUACAUCAACAAGAUUAUUGAGAGACUUCUCCAACACCAGGAUUUUGAGCACAUUCUGGACACAUCCAGCGAGCCCAAGCCACUGACCGCCAAUACCAACAAAGACCUUCCGCCCCCACCGCCAAAGGAGGGCGCUUCCGGAGCAUCGCUGUUGCAAAGGGCCAAGACCAUGGCCGUCGGCCCGAAUAAGCCCAGACCGAGGCCCAUGUCUUACAUGCCUUCGGCACAGCCAGCCAAUUCAGCACACACCGAUCCGGAGACAGCGCCUAGCAUUCCUAUCGGGAAUCUGACUCGAUCUUCCAGCACUCGCCGUGCGCGCCCGAUGAGUGAGCAGUUCACCGGCGUCAACCUGGUCAACCAGAUGUAUAGGGGACCAGACGGCCCCAUCUCCCCGCCCCUGGGCUCCCCUCGCACCCCGCGAACUUCGCAGACCUUUUUCGGCGGCAACCCCAACGCGGCGGCACGGGCACCCAGCGGCCAGCAAGCGCCAACGGCAGGAAACUUCCCCGGCAUGCGCAGUGAAACAUCGAGCACGAGCGGCGACUCGAAUGACCUGACCACGCCUCCCUCGCAGUCGCCUCCGCGGUCCCAUCACGAGAAGCAAACCACCUUUGCGGGCAACAAACCCCGCCCUCUGCGCCUGGUGCAGGAGAACAAUGAAGCCAAACUGGAGAAUAACAAGCGAACCAGUUGGAUAGGCUGGGCCUCCGGCUGGGGCAAGAAGGACGAGUCCCCCCCAGCGGCAUCCAACGAAGCUAUUCCCGAGUAAUCGGCACAUAAUUACGUCGUUAUGUUUAUGACCUUCUUUGCUCUGCUACGCAUCGAUUUAUAUCUCUCGAUUACAGCACGCUUGGCCUUGCUUGGAUAAGAUGAAAAGAUAUAAAACAGGGCGGGAUGCCAUCACUCUUCCUCCCCUCCCCUUUUCCUCACGCCCAAGACACUUCUUGUCUUCCUCAUGCACUGCUGGAGUUUCACUUCUUCGCACAUGGUGUCUAGGUCGGGCAUCACAGGUAGAAUGCCGACAAAACAUUGGGACCGGAGGCGCUUUCCAUCCAUUUUCGCAGAUGCCCGCUGUCUACUUAUACUUUUCUCUUAUGGCUACGUCUGUCUUCUUUCUAUUAAACCAACACAUCGCAUCUACUCCUUCCGAAUUGGUCACUUGGAGAGCCGGGGGUGGGUAGGAGUGAUGACAUUGUUUUGACGCUACUGGAAAUGGGGUUUCUUUCCUUAAUCAUGAUUACCAGCAUUCCCUAGUAAGUGCUAGAUAUUUGAUGACAGGCGCGUCUGCUUUCUAUAAAUGACUUCGUGGACUGCCAAGUGAGUCCUUGGGCUUGUAAUCUAGCUAGACGCAAUGUUGGAUAGAUACAUGAGUAAUGCAGAGAUGGCUUGAUGUUAGAACGGUAUCUGCCUCCUUGCCUCGUGAGAGCCAGUGUGGGACGCU